AUGUCAUCCGACCAAGAAUACGCCAACUUUUUGGAAAAGGCCAACCAGGACACCGGCAGCUCGAGCAAUGAAGUCAAGACCAGUGGAUUUGCACAGACGAAAGCUGUAGAUUCCGCUGUUCCUGCGCCAUUGAAGAAUGUCGAUGCAUUCUACCAGAGCGACACUGAUGAGCCAUUCGAACCUGUGGCUCUCAAGUACGGAAAGCAAAACUCCAUCAGUCAAGACAAGUUCACCGACCUGAUCAACCACUCUGGCGAGGUCGAGGAGAUCAGCGUCAAGGACUGGAACGUCAAGAACCACUAUGCCGAAGUUGUUGAGGCUGUCAAGAAGUCUGGCAGCGGCAAGGCUGAUGUUCAAGUGUUCCGCGUCGCUCAUGGUAGCACUCGCUGUGAAUACUACAUCGUCACGCUUAACGACGAGGGUGUUGUUGUCGGUGUUAAGGCCAAGGCUGUUGAGAGCUAG